CGGAAAUCCAUCAUGUUGUAACACGUGAGAAAACAGGAGUGUUUUUAAGCGCUCUAAAAGAUAAACUGUUUGCAGUGUCGAUUGAUGGAGACAAUGAAUUCAGAAGAGAAGGCGAUGACCUCCAGUGAGGAAAAACUGGAAGAAGACGAGCUGGAUGAAGAGGAGGAAAAGCAGAGUGAUGAAGAUGAAGCACAUGAAGGAUGUGGGGCUGCAGAUUUGAAGGACAGUGAUGAAGAAGUUGGGGAGGAUGAUGGUGAUGUCAAACGGAUCAGUAAGGUGAAGGGCACGGCUUCGGACAGGAAGUGUGUUCCUGGGAUCAUAUACCUGGGCCACGUUCCUCCACGGCUCCGGCCCAAACAUGUGAGGAACAUGUUGUCAGUUUACGGGGAAAUCGGACGCAUCUUCCUGCAGCCUGAAGACCGCCAGGUGAGAGCGAGGAAGAAGAAGUCUGGUCUGAGAAGGUGUGACUUCACCGAGGGCUGGGUGGAGUUCCGGGACAAGCGCGUGGCUAAGCGAGUGGCUGCUUCGCUGCACAACACGCCCAUGGCCACCAGGAAGCGGCAGUGGAUCGCCUCAGACCUGUGGUGCAUGAAGUACCUGCACAGGUUCCAGUGGACUCACCUCAGCGAGCGUCUCUCCUACGAACGUUCGGUUCUGCAGCAGCGACUCAGAACUGAAAUCUCUCAGGCCAAGAGGGAGACCAACUUCUACCUGGAAAACGUGGACAAGAGCGCCCACCUGGAGCGGAAGAGGCGGCGAGACGGACCACAGCAGGGGGAAGGAAAGUCGUGGGACUUCACUCAGCGCCAGACAGAAGAGGAGAUCCAGUCCAAGAAGAAAAGGAAGAAGCAGGAGGACAAGACCCGCCACAUGCAGCAGCAGAGCCGAUCAAAUGUCUCGCUGCUUGCCAAAAUUUUCAACUCCGCUCCGGCGCAGUAGCAAAAGGGACACGCCCCUUUUCAGUGGAAAAACUUCCCGACCCGCUUCACUUUGUAAAUAUCAAUGAGGAAUAAAGUGUU